CAUUUAUUCAGCCCUAUCGGCAAUACUUUUUCCCUGGAAAAAGUUCUCUAGUUCGAAAAAUCGGCAUCGGCAAUACUUUUUUAAGGGAAAAAUUUCCAAGGAAAAAUUUCCCCAAUAAAAAUCCCUAUCGGCAAUGAAGUUUCUCCCCCGAAGUAUUUCUGUCUUUGUUUUGAUAGGGAACAGAUCUGUUAAACAAAAUAUGAAGCAAAAAAAUGGCGACCAACAAAAAACAAAUGGAAACUUUGGUUGAUUUGAUGGAAAAAAAUCCAGACAUUGCCUCCGGAUAUUCCAAAAAGAGUAAGGAGGAAGUAACCAGAUUCUGGAAAAUUGUUGAUCGUGAGCUUAACAGUACUGGACCACCUGUUAAGUCUAUAUUUGAAUGGAAAAAGGUGUGGAGUGAUAAAAAGAAGUAUAUCAAAAAUAAAAUGUCGGAAAACCUUAAAAUGAAGCACGGAACUGGGGGUGGCCCUUUCCGAGAGUAUAAAUUUUCUGCUUUGGACGAAGCAAUAAUUAAAUUAUGCGGAAUGACUCAAUCAGUUGAAGGUUCCUCGGGUUCUCGGCGAUUUGGGUUGCCGUCGUAUAUGUUGAACUCAGUAUAG